AAAAAUAUUAUAGAAAUGAGUGAGCUUGAUUACUAUCAGAUUUUGCAACUUAACAGGACUGCUACUAUCGAUGAUGUCAAGAAGGCAUACAGAAGACUGUCUUUGAAGUACCAUCCUACUAAAAAUCCUAGUGAUAUUACCGUUUGCUCAGACCAGUUCCACCAGAUUUGUGAAGCUUAUGAGGUUCUGUCUGACACUCAUCUUUCGGCUAUUUAUAACAGAUAUGGAUCGAAGGUAUUGGCCAAGGGUCUAGAACUCAGUGACGGGAAGUCGUAUCCAGCUUAUAAGUACCAAAUGAACGCUUUUGAAAUUUUUGAAAAGUUUUAUAGCGAAUAUUUACCUUAUCAUGACAUCUUUGAUAGUACUGGUAAGAUGCUCUACGGGAGCUGCUUUAGCUCAAUGAAUAAAGUUCGUAAGGAUAAAACUCCUGAUGCUCAGACAACUCUUGAUUGCUCAAUUGAUGAACUCUAUAAUGGAUGAAUCAAAGAAAUCACUUAUGAUAAUAAAACAAGACUUGCAGAAAUCCAACCUGGAUAUCAAAAUGGACAUCAGAUUAUUAUUGAAGAGGAAUGUGGGAAGAGCUAUGAGGAUGAAUUUAGGAAAAUAAUCAUAACUAUAAAUCAAAUCCCACACUCAAAAUACUCUAGACAAGGGGAUGACCUGAUUUAUAAGCAUGAUAUCUCUCUUAUAGAUGCCCUUAAUUCAAGACCAUUAAAAUUCAAAACACUUGAUGGAAGAACCUUAAAUAUCUCAAUGGAUGAGGUGAUUACUCCAAAGACAGUGAAAGUUGUUGAAGAUGAGGGCAUGCCAGUGUUUGAUGAAGACCAAGAAAAGUCUACAGUCAAUAGCCCUGCUAAAGGAAAGCUGUUUAUCACCUUUAAUAUUCUAUUCCCCUCCCAAUUGACAGAGGAGAGUCAGCUGCAGAUUUCUAAAAUCUUGAAUUCCUCGUAA